AUGAAGCUCCAAAAGGGUCAUCAACCAUCCAUCAUAGGUGGUGAUGGAGAAGUGUUUUAUGAAGCACAAAACCAAGGUAUUGGCGCGCCUCAAUUUGAAGACAUGGUUAACAUGAAAACCAGCCAUGUUCUUUUGAUUGAGCCGCGUCAAUAUCUCACCUUCCACUUCUUUCCAUCUCCACCUCAUCUCAAUCUCAACUCCUUCCUGCUACAAUUACCUGCUGAAACUCUCUACUCAUGGGAUCCCAACUCAACAUAUAUUCAUGAACCCCCAUACUUCAAGAACAUGACCAUGGAUCCUCCUGGACCUCAUGGUGUAAAAGAUGCUUAUUGCUUGCUGAAUUUUGGUGACAGUAUAACCACUGAUCAUAUUUCUCCUGCUGGAAGCAUCCACAAGGACAGUCCUGCUGCUAAAUACCUUCUUGAGCGUGGGGUGGAACGCAAGGACUUCAAUUCUUACGGAAGUCGUCGUGGCAAUGAUGAGGUGAUGGCAAGGGGAACUUUUGCCAACAUUCGCCUUCUUAACAAGCUCUUGAAUGGGGAAGUUGGCCCAAUGACAAUUCACAUUCCAACAGGGGAAAAACUGUACGUGUUUGAUGCAGCAACGGUGAGUUAUGUCCCACUCAAACAGGGCAUGUUUUUGUUUACUGCUUUCGAACUUUUCAAAUGGCAAAACAUACUGCAUUCUAUAUGAUAUUUUCUAGUGCUGAUGUUUUUCUAUAUUUAUUUUCAAAAUACUAGCAGAGAAUGUCUUUAUGACAAUAUUUUCUAAAUGUAACAACUAUCGAGUCUUGCUUGUUCAAAGAGAUGAUAGAGGCUUCUUAUUAUAAGCACCGCAAAGCAUGAUAUUCUAACUAGGGCAUGUGAGCAUUACCCCUUGAUUUGGUAGUAAUACUCGUUUAACUGGUGGAGUAGGGUAUUAUUGUGGCUCUAAAUCCACUG